CUUUCUUAACUACUUUAUAAUAUGAGUGCUUAUAAAAUGAAGUAUUGCUUUUGUUCAAAUCAACUGAUAAGUUAAUAUCGCUUGAUUUUUGCCUAUUAAUUGAUAAGACAUGGGCAUAGAUAUUCUAUGAAAGGAUAGCAUUUAAAAGGUCAUCAACAUUAUGAGCAAUAACUUAACUAUAAAGGCCAUUUGACUCACAUUGGAAUGGUUUAGUAAAAAAAAUUAGGAUAGCUGAUUAGAGAAGAAUAUAUUAGUUAAAAGAAACUCUUAGGACAAAAUUAUGAUAUAAAUGAGAUUUCAAUUUAUUCAUCUAAUUCAAGUAGAUGCCUUCAGAGCGCUAAUUCUUUCAUGUAAGGCCUAUAUCCAGAAGAAUCUGUUUAAAUCAAUAGUCGCAGUAUUUAGAAUUAUCAAAUAAAUCCACCAUAUUUUUGUGAUAAUUCUUAAAAUAAUAACUAGUAAAUUCAAUAAACACUUGAAUUUUAAGGGUGUGAUUUGAAAGUUUAUCCUUUUCCAAUUAGAAAUUUCGGAGUUGAUGAUCAUAUUUUAAAUCCAACUUUACCAAACAAAAAAAACGUUAUUGAUGAAUAGAAAAAGUAAAAUAUGAAAGUUGUAUAAGAAGAAAUUUAAUAAUUUGAAAAGGAGUUAAAAUAAAUAAAAAACAAGAUUAAACUUCAUGAAGAUUUUAAUCAUUUCGAUGUAUCUUCUUUGUUUGACAUAUCUCUCAGUUAAAAAUAUUUUGGAAUAAGCUAUAAUUUAAGUGAAUUCGAAUAUGAUUUAUUAAACUAUCUUAAAGCUUUCUAAAAGUUGCAUGGAUAAUAUACAUAAUAUUACAGUAGAGUAACUAUAAGUCCCUUGCUUAAUUACUUACUUAAGAUAAUUGAUCUAAAAAUACAAAAUUAAAUUAAUAUGAAUAUGAUAAUUGGAAUUACUCACGAUAGUAGGAUUGUUCCACUGUUAUAAUUGUUUGAAUUGAUAAAUUUAAAUAAAUAAAAGAGCGAACUAUAUUCUUAAAUAAAAACUAUAGAAUAAUAUCCUCCAUAUUGUGCUAAUUUUACAUUCGAAUUAUAUUAAAAACAGAAUGAUAUAAAAACCACAUCAAUAUUAGAUAAUAAAAUAAAUGAAAGUUUUAAAAUUAGAAUUAAGUAUAAUGGAAAAUAUAUUAAUAUUCCAAAUAAUCAAAAUAAACUCUUAGAUAUCGCCUAGUUUUAAUCUUUCAUUAAAAGUCAUAUUGUUUCAGAUUAAGAAUAUAAUACAUUUACAGGUUCAAAUAUCUAAAUUUAGCAAUUUUUGGAGUCAUUUAUUUCUUCAAAAAAGUGA